AUGGUAGUUGUUUUGAGAUUUGUUGAUAAAAGUGGGCAAGUGAAGGAGCGUUUUUUGGGUAUAUCCCAUGUCACUAAUACUUGUACCCAAUCACUGAAGGAUGUCAUUGAUGCAAUGUUUUCUACACAUGGGUUGAGCAUAUCUAGCCUGAGAGGUCAAGGCUAUGAUGGAGCAAGUAAUAUGUCAAGUGAGUUCAAUGGGUUGAAAGCUUUAAUUUUAAGAGAGAACCCACAUGCUAUGUAUGUUCAUUGCUUUGCUCACCAGCUUCAGUUGGCAAUUGUAUCUGUCGCACGUAGGAAUUGUAUGCUUGGUGAUUUCUUUGACGGACUUGCUAUUAUUUUAAAUUUGGUUGGUGCAUCAUACUCAAUUUUGCAAGAGUUGAAUGAUCGUUUUCCAGAAACAAUUACUGAGCUCUUUACUUGCAUUUCAUGUUUAAGGCUAGGAGAUUCAUUUGCAGCUUUUGAUAAGAAUAAAUUGCUACGUCUUGCUCAAUUCUAUCCUUUGGACUUCAAUAGUGAAAAGCUUUUAUUACUUAGACUUCAACUUGAUAAGUUUCUUUUGCUCGUGAGAAUGGACGAAGCUUUCUUUAAUCUCAAUAGCAUAUUUUGUGUAGCUCAGAAAUUGAUUGAAACUGGAAGUUCCUGUUAUUUUCCAUUGGUUUAUAGGUUGCUCACCUUGACAUUGAUAUUACCUGUGGCAACUACAAGUAUUGAAAGGGUAUUUUCUGGUAUAAAUCUAAUCAAUAGUGAUUUGCGCAACAAAAUGGGAGAUGUCUGA